AUGAGUGACAAUAUUGAACAUAAUAACUCGAAUGAUUCAUGUGAUUAUAAAUAUGAUCAAAACAGAUCUAUUUAUAAUUAUAUUAAAGGUUCCGUGGCAUCAAGAGUAUUUAAACCAUCAAAACACAGAAGUAACAGUACUAAUUUAUCCUCCAAAGAUUUUCUAUCUUUAUUAAAUGAAUUUUCAUCGGGUAUUAAAAUGAAAAAAUUUAAAGAAAAUAGUAAUAACGAAUAA